CGUAAAAUAUUAACUCUACCUUUCAAGCAUAUAUCAACUCUAUUUUCCCCUCAAAUCAAAUCCCUCCCAAUAGAAAAGCGCGUCAAACGUCUAAACCGGCAAAUAUGACAUCACAAGCAAGAAGCCGAGGCUGAGCCGCGGCUGAGCUACCCCACAGCCGCCAUACACGCUCGCACGACCAUAGUUGCUCGAACAAGUCGGACGGUUUUGUAGAAAACGAAAUCAAGCAAUGUGAAAUAAACAGCCGUCUGUUUUCUCACAUCUCACUGCCCUCUGCUAUCAUCAGCACGUUGAGCCCGUUCCAAGGUUCAAUUGCCACCGCUUGUUCAGCUGCGAAGCAAGGGAGCGAGGCAGACACCUUUAAGCUCCGACGGGAUAGGAUGAUUUCGAGUCUCCAGGGUCGGCGGCCACAGGUCCCGCAACAACAAAUUCCCCCACCGAUGAACCAGCAGCCGAAUCGUCCCAUGGGAGUGAUGCCACAGCAAAUACGACCGCAGUAUGACGCUGCGUCUCAACAUCCGGUGUUCUUCACGUCGAGGAUGGUGAAGUUGCCGAAUGGGGUUGCGGGGGCGGGAGCGAGCCCAGUGGCAAUGGGAUACCAGUUUGAGGAGGGGAGGAAGGAUGGUGGCGUGAUUGGAGGGAAGCAGAAGUUAUAAAUGACAAAAUGAUGGCAAUUUUUUUUGGGAGUCGACGUGAGAGAUAGCGAGCGUUUCAUGACUACGACAAGCCGAAGUAACGAUGAUAUGGGUUUCUGGCUUGAGGCCUGGAUGAAAUAUUUCCAAUGAAGGGGAGGUAUGGCUGUGUAUAAACUGAGACCAGCGGAUAGAUAUUGUAGGUGAAAGAAUAUAUUCAUAAUAUAUAAUCUGG